AUGACCAUCGAGCAGAAGAUCGAGGCCGCUGGCCUGACGCUGCCCCGGCUCGAAGACAGCUACAGCAACAACCCGUCGGGCGCGAAAUACGUCUCGCACCAUGCGGUGGGGCGCGUGCUGUACCUCUCGGGCUGCACGCCGGCGAAGGACGGCAAGCCCUACAUGACCGGCAUUCUCGGCGUGGACCGCACGAUCGAGGAAGGCUACGAGGCGGCGCGCCAGUGCAUGCUCUGCUACCUCGGCCUGAUCAAGUAUGCGCUGGGCGAUCUCGACCGCAUGCACCGGAUGCUGCAUCUGGUGGGUUAUGUGAACUCGGGUCCCGAUUUCGUCGAUCAGCCGCGCGUCAUCAACGGCGCCGUCGAUCUCCUGGUCGAGCUUUACGGCCGGCGCCUGAUGCCGACCCGGGCGGCCAUCGGCUGCCGCGGGCUCGCCGUCAACCAUUCGGUCGAGCUGAUCGCCACGGUGGAAUUCGACGGCGGCAGCGUGGCGCCGGCGCUUGCCCGCGACGGGACGGUGCUCGACUGA